AUGCCGAAAACGGAAUCACUGACACUGCCAUUGGCAGCAGCUUUGGUGACAUUGACUGUGCGGUGGCUCACCUACAACUUUAGGGAUUUCCUUCCUCUUCCGUAUCAUUUUGGCAUCACGACACCCAAUACCGCCGCUGAAACAUGGAAGGAGGCAGUCUUCUGGAAACAGCGAUUUGGUGCUGUACCGGAGUAUCUUCUUGUCGUGGUUCCCUGGUAUGUAGAGCACAUCCCGCUCUUGCCAUCUGCGAUGUAUGUAAGCAUCUUGUGCGUUUGUGAUGCGUUGACUGUGUUCCUUGUUAGCCAGUGGCCGUCGGCCAUCCCACAGCUUGUCUUUACUUUAUUUGUGUUAAACCCGGCCAUGAUUUUAUUACCGGCCCUUGAAUCCUUGGCACCCGUGGAGCAUCUUAUUCUCACUGUCGUGAUUGAAUGCUGUCGAAGGCCACGAAUCCGCGGUGGGCUUAUUUAUGUUGCUCGAAUUCUUGCACCGGUGUUGGGUUUUUCUUUUAUUGCCGUCACGGUAGCGCUGUGGUUUCCCGUCGGAACCAAAAGCUCAAAAGUUGCUAUUAUUGGGGUGAUUCUAGGUGAGUUGGGCAUUGGUGGAUUUUCUCUGCUAUACCUUUUCCAGUGGCGGAAUAUGAGCACUCGAACAUCCCUUUACGCCCCACCCGACAAUGGGGUGAUGUGGUACGUGCGCCUUCUCAUUAUUCCCGUCUUUGAGCGCUGUAUGGAGGUGUUUCAAAUUCAACUGCCCGCGAUGCUGACAGUGCUAGUCGCGGUUGCAGUACCCACCGAGGUGCUGGCGAAGCCUUUGGAGUACGCAAGCUCCAUCCCUGGGAACCGAAGGCUAUUCCUGGUUUUGUUUGCCGUUUGUCUUAGCAAGCUUUGUCGUUUUCAUCUCGCCCUUCCGGACUAUUCAUUAGCGGCUUUGUUCAUUUAUUCACUUCUGAAUAAAACGGGUGGAGGGGGAAAGGGAGGAAAAGAGGAGACAGGGUUCUCCAUGUUUGACCGCAUCUGUUCCGCCAAUGUGUUUUUGCCCGUCUACACUUUAUUGCUUGCGGUGCCGCUUCAGUACAGCUUUUACACGGGGUGGGUGAUGUGGGACACGGCGAACCCCAACUGGGUGUUUUUUCCGCAGGUGGCAUUUGCCGUUGUGGGGGCUAUCUUCUUGAUAAUUUUUCUCAGGAAAGUUUUUGACGCCAUCACGGAGGAGACGGUUGCAGAAGAUACGCCAAAACACUCUUAA